AUGAACCAAAAAGUGAAUGACACAGUGGUAGAAGAGAUUGUGGAGUUAUUUAUAAGGAUAACGAAUGAAGGCAAAUCUCGAUAUAUAAUUUCAGAAAUUGGAACGACAUUAGAUAUUAGCCGGAUAUUUAGUCAAGCAUCGAUACAGAAUCAUCCUAUUGCUCAAUAUUACUUGGGGAUCUGUGAUGAAUUUGGUGUAAACAAUUAG